AUGUCAAGUGUUUUAAGACUAUAUUUAAACGAUCGAAUAGACUCAAUCAAAGCAAAGAGAACGCUAACACUAAAUGAGUACUUGAAAAGCCAUCAUAGUGUUUCCCUCAACGAAAUAAUCGACGAGAUCCAUAGCUUUUUGACGGAAGCCACAGAAGUAGAUUUACCUGAAUCACCUUAUUUUAUAGAGAAGUUGGUCCUUCAAAGUAAUAGCAUUAAAGAGUUGCCGUCCAAUUUCGUUAAAAUAGCUCGAAAUUUAACAUAUUUGGACCUUCAUGAUAACCAAUUAACCUCCUUGUGGGGGUUAUCAGAAUCUUGUCCCCAGUUGGAGAUCUUGGACUUGUCUUCAAACAACUUUGAAGUGUUUCCUAAUGAAAUUCUACUGUUAUCUUCAUUACGAGUGCUUUCGCUUGAGAAUAACCACUUGAAAUAUUUGCCACCUUCUGUUAGUGAGUUAACCCAUUUGCAUCUCUUAGAAUUGGAAGGAAAUCCCUUGGAAUUGCCACCCAUAGAAAUGAUUCAGGAAAUUCUGGCUCUGGGAUCAGAUUCCGACUUGAUACACAAUUUAAAAGCAUAUUUUGUGGCAAAUGCAUCAGUAAUCACUGCUAAGAUCGAGGAUCAACAAUCUGAUGGUGUAGGCAAGACGCUAGACCUGACCACAGUUGGUACAACUACUACUAGUACCACUGCUUCAACUAGUGCUAGUAUCAGUCCUAGUAACACUGCUUCAACUAUAUCAUCGUCUACUACUGCUUUACCUGCAAUAGCGACAUCCUGCGGUUCUACUAAGUCUAGACCUCUGAUGUUGCGUUCUAAAAGUGUAUCCGAUAAAUCAAGAGUUUCCGUAAACGCGUCAUCAAAAGCUUCCAGAAGAAUGGGUUUGGUGUUGAAACAACCAUUACCUGACGAUAGUAAUGAUCUUGGCUCCUCAACCUCGAUUCAAAACGCUAGCUUUUACUUUGAUGAUUCCGAUAAUGAUUUAAAACCCAUGGCAUUAUCAGCUUCUGCUGCUGAAUUAACUUUCAAUGUUAACAACAACCCUCCAAACCAACCCGUUGGAACGAUUACCCCAUCAUCAAAUAUAACUGCUGGACCCCCCAUCGUUUCUAAUUCUACUAACGGAUCUCCUUCGUCUUCAUUUACUGCAUUGCCUCAUUCAGGAUCCUCCACGAGUUUAACUGUUCCAAAUCUAAGUCGCCCAAACAGUAGAAAUAGAACAAGAUCAAACACAUUAAGGGAUAUAGAACGAAUUCUUGACAAACAAGAAAUAACAGAUAUCGAACAAAAAUCUGGUGCUUAUUUUCGACGUCUAUCCACAUUACAAGAACUGCCUCAAGACGAACUGAUGAUGCAUUCCUCAAACUAUCAGAAUUCUAAUAAUUUAUCAUCAAUGUCAUCAUUUAGUGGACCUAGUACUAUUUCAUCAGCACAGAUAUCAAUGAACGUAUCCCCUGCAACUUCAGUAUCACACACCUCAACGAAUGUUGCUCCUUCUAUCAAUGGAGGAGCUAUUGCUGCAUCCCACACAACACCCCUAAACCAUUCUUCAAGACAACAUAGUCUAAGCCAUCAAGUUAAAAUCUAUAAAGAACUGCACCCACCAAGUAUAGCAGCAACUGCGUUAAGCGCAAACAGUGGAUCUUCAGCUGUUUCCCAAGAUAGUUCACCUCUUGUUGUGGCCAAAGGAGGACCCACAUUUGAAAUUUCACCAAUCAAAAACCAAUUUACAAGUGCUCAAAAUGGUGGCAAUACUAAUGGAGCUAAGAAGAUACGUGAUCCCAGUUUGACCCUUAGAGUUUCUAGAAAGAUAUUGUUCUCUUUCAUGGAGUUACAGACAAGUAUCCGUCGAUUCACAGGAUUUUGUGUUGACAAGAAACUUACUAUGAAGAUGGUACAAUUUUUAUAUUCCAACAAAUCUAUUAUGGAAACUUUAGUCGAAAGUUUGGAACAAAUGGAAGACCAGGGUAAUAAUCUUGAUCAAGUUCUUCAAUCUUUACAAUCUUCAAUAACUCAAUUUAAGCAAAUAAUGGAACUUUUGGGUGAUAAUCUUCCUAGUUUUAUCAUGAAGACUGAUGUGUGCUUUAUUCGACUGUUAUAUUUGUCUCUUUAUGGGACCUUCAAUGAAUUAUACAAUGGAUAUCGUGCGCUCGUUCCACAUCACAAGCCACCUGUCUUUAACUUGUCUAACCAAUAUCAACUGUCUUCAGUUUCCACAUCAUUUUCGCUUGACCCCAAACAGAAAGCUCCAGUUUCGGAGUCAGAAGAUGUUGAUGAAAGGUUGUAUAGAGCCCUUGAGAAUUCGAUUAACAUAGCACAAGUGGUAUUUGAAGAUUUAACCAAGGCACUUCGUACAAACCCUUUACCAUCUCCCCCAGUUACCGGUGGAAGUAUUUCCGAAGGUACAAUUAGUACUCCUGGUACCGGGUCCACUAAUGGUACCAAGACGAGAGAGUUGGCUUCAGUUUGUCAGACAUCUAUGGAUAUAACCAAACGGUUAAAGGCUAACUUGGCCACAAUCCGGAAUAAUCCAACAUCUAGCACCAAACGGCCAUUUUGGGACGAUGUCAAUUUAUUCUUGAAGUCAAUUAUUCAAUUUUUUUCAUCUGUCAAACCAAUAAUGAAAGAAGGUUCUGCAUUUUAUGAGAUUCGUCCAUCUAUGGCUGUUCUUACCAAGCAUACUAAGGAUGUGACUGUCUUACUUGAAGUUUCUAGCUACAAGACCAUGUUAUUAGAGACAACCAAUGUUGGUGGUGUGACACCUUCUACGGGACAAGGGCCAAUUCCCUUAAAUACAGUUCAUUCACAAGUCAAUCUCACCACUAAUUCACAUCCUUUGCAGCAAAGUUAUCCGUCGGGAGUCAAUCUUCUGCAAUAUGGAGGGAAUAAUUCUUCUGCAGCAUCACGAACACCAUUAGUUUCAGGAAUGCAAUCGAUGCUGCUACUGCUGCAAUUAAGUUCCGAGCCUAUUGUAUCUCCUGGAUUCACUAGUCCCGAUAGUGGUACCAAUAUUCCAGGAAGCAACUCCACACAAUGA